CUUCAGCACUCGGGCAGCUCCCUGCACGCCGGGCCGGGGACAAACUCCCACGGAUGCGAUGGCAGAGUAACUCCGGGGCUCGCUGAGCGCCCAGUGGCUGGUCUGGCCUGCGGCGCGUCCCUCUCCCCACCCGACAGCCAGGCCGGAGCCGGAGUCCCGCCGCAGCUCCCUGUUGCGGCUCCCGAUGCCCUUUCGGCUCCGCAGGGUUCCCCGCCCGCGGCCCGAGAAGAAACCCGGAGAGAAACUUCAGCACCCGGACAGCUCCCAUCGAGACGCGGGGACAGCAGCACCGCCCCGCGGGUGUGUCAAGCCAAGCCCGGCCCCGGUGGGAGCCGUGACCCCGGGAGGAUGAGGGCAGCGAUCUGGACCUGAUUCUACCCGCGCCAGCACAGCGCUGGGGAGCUGACCUUCCUCCGCCGGCUGUGCUGCUACCUAUUCGGCCGCUCCAUUUGAAUGCCUGCUUUGCCUGGGAGUCUUCCCCUCUUCCACUAAUUCAACCGCCCCCCCCCCCUUGCAUAUUUUCUGGAGACGGGGGGCUGAUAUCUGUGCAAAGAGCCUGCUCUGGCUGCCGUUUGGUUUGGCAGUUACAAGGCUGGAGGGUGCCUGGGUAGUGUAUUGUACCAAUGCAGCAACCCCGAUGAGCUGCAGCGUUAGAAAGAAACCCAGGAUUGACUCUGCUGGUGGGGGGGUGAAAAAACACCCCCACAACUUUGGCAUCCAGGAAAAGCGUGUCCCCCACUACCCCACCCCACUCCAGCCAAGCUUCCUUCUUCGGCGACCAUAGAAAGACAUUUCCCAUCCUAUGUAGCUGAGGGUAAAAGCGUACCCUGGGGGCAGCGCCACAUCUGGCAGGGAUUUGGGGGUUUAAAUCCAGUGUCCGCCGCAAUCAACAAUGGCAAAUGAACCGGUGAUUUUGAAUGUUUAUGAUAUGUACUGGAUAAAUGAAUACACCUCUACCUUGGGGAUUGGGGUCUUCCACUCCGGCAUCGAGAUCUACGGCAGAGAAUUUGCCUAUGGAGGGCAUCCUUAUCCUUUCAGUGGGAUUUUCGAGAUCACACCUGGCAGUGCGGUAGAGCUUGGCGAGACCUUUAAGUUCAAAGAGUCCGUUGCCUUGGGCACCACUGAUUUCACAGAAGAGGAUGUGGAUAAGAUUAUGGAGGAGCUGGGCAAGGAGUACAAGGGCAAUGCAUACCAUCUUAUGCACAAGAACUGCAAUCACUUCUCCACCGCUCUAGCAGAGAUCCUGUGUGGGAAGGAGAUCCCCCGUUGGGUGAAUCGCCUAGCCUACUUCAGCUCGUGCAUCCCUUUCCUCCAAAGUUGCCUCCCCAAGGAGUGGCUGACCCCAGCAGCCUUGCAGAGCCACAUCAACCUCGGCCUCCACAAGGAAGAUCAGGAAGACACGACAGAUGAGGAGUCCCCAUCCACUUCUGUGGCUGCCUCAGCCUCAGGCACCUCGCGAACCUGUAGGCAUACCCGGGUCUAAGCUGUGCCCAACAUGCUCCCUUCUCGCUCUCUGGGUUUCUUCUAUUUCUUUCUAAUUUCCUCUCUUACAGCACCUUUCUUUCGCCUUCUUUUCUUCGCCCAAGAACAUUGGGGGAAACCCGCUUUAAUGAGAAGACGAGCUCUUGAUCCUUCUCGAAGGAUUGUCACUACUGUUGCUUGGCAAAAUGAUGCUGAACUAUAGCAUUGUGCUGACGAGUGUGGUGGCUAACCUGGAUUCUCCUCCCAAGGCCCCCUGUGCUCCUUGAUCCACAGAGAACUGUUGACUUUUUGGGCACGAGAGCAUGGGACUGGAGGGGAACCAUACUGUGAAGUUCCUUGGCUGGAACUGUUUUUAUUCUUUUAUCUCCCCCUCUCUCUCCUCUCCAGUUCUGUCAAGGCUGCCCCCCGCCUACAGCAUUCCUCCUGGACAUACCAAAUGAAGGAAGCAGAACCUCAGCUUGACUUUUUCAUCUCUAAG